GCUCUAAGCUGCCUGCUUCUGCACAGUUGCUUGGCGCUAAAUUUUCAUUUCUCUGACUGGUGCCAAAGAACAUCUGCACCUAGAGUUGUAAGGCAAAAUUGAUUGACAGGUGCAAUGCCUUGCCCAUCGAAAUUGGACGACUUGGUUUUCUUUGUGAAUGGGAGAAAGGUAAGUGAUAGGAAUGUGGACCCAGAAGUCACUCUGCUGACCUUCCUACGAAAGAACUUACGCCUCACAGGAACCAAGUACGCCUGUGGAGGAGGAGGGUGUGGGGCCUGCACUGUGAUGGUGUCGAAGCGUGACCCUCUGUCCGUGAAGAUCAGACACUUCUCCAUUACUGCGUGCCUGGUGCCCAUCUGCUCUCUGACAGCUGCUGUCACCACCAUGGAAGGUGUUGGAAGCAUCAACACCAGACUUCACCCAGUGCAGGAGAGGAUCGUCAAGAGCCACGGCACCCAGUGUGGGUUCUGCACCCCUGGGAUGGUGAUGUCCAUGUACACGCUGCUUAGGAACCACCCGCAGCCCUCAGAGGAACAGCUCGUGGAAGCCCUGGGAGGUAAUCUGUGCCGCUGCAUCGGGUAUCGGCCAAUUCUCGCGAAUGGAAGGACCUUCUGUGUGGAGUCAAAUGGCUGUCAACAGAAAGGAACAGGAAAAUGCUGCUUGGAUCCUGGAGGAAAUGAUUCUUCCUCACUCCGCAGGGAAAGUGACAUUUGCACAGAGUUAUUUGCAGAAGAUGAGUUCCAGCCCUUGGACCCUACCCAGGAGCUCAUAUUUCCCCCAGAACUCUUGAGAAUGACAGAGAAGCCAGAAAAACAAACCCUGACCUUUUGUGGAGAGAGGGUUACCUGGAUCUCCCCUGGCACCCUCAAGGAUCUCCUGGAGCUAAAAGCCAAACAUCCUGAAGCCCCUCUCAUCUCGGGCAACACCUCAAUGGGACCUGCAAUGAAAUAUCAAGGACACUUUCACCCAAUUCUCCUCUCUCCUGCUAGGAUUUCUGAGCUCAGUAUGGUAUCCAAAACAAGGGAUGGACUGACAAUAGGUGCUGGCUGCAGUCUGGCCCAAGUAAAAGACAUUUUGGCUGAGCGAGUUUCCGAGCUUCCAGAGGAGAAAACUCAGACAUACCGAGCCCUCCUGAAGCACCUGAAGAGUCUGGCAUGCCAGCAGAUCCGGAAUACGGCAUCCUUAGGGGGACAUAUUAUAAGCUGGCACUGCUAUUCGGAUCUGAAUCCAAUUUUGGCUGUGGGCAACGCUACCCUCAAUCUGCUGUCAGAAGAAGGUACGCACCAGAUUCCUCUAAACGAACAUUUUCUUGCCGGGUUGGCAAGUGCAGACCUUAAGCCAGAGGAAAUUUUGGAAUCUGUGUACAUCCCUCACUCUCAAAAGUGGGAAUUUGUGUCAGCCUUCCGACAGGCUCAGGGCCAGCACAAUGCCUUGGCCGACGUGAGUGCUGGCAUGCGGGUCCUCCUCAAGGAAGGCACAGACACCAUUGAGGACCUGAGCGUCUCCUACGGAGGGGUUGGGGCCGCCGCGGUCAGCGCACAGAAAUCCUGCCAGCAGCUUGUGGGGAGGCCCUGGAAUGAGCUGACGCUAGAGGAAGCUUGCAGGCUGCUUCUGGAAGAAGUCUCCCUCCCAGGCUGGGCUCCAGGGGGCAAAGUGGAAUUCAAGAGGACUCUGGUGGUCAGUUUCUUCUCCAAAUUCCUGGAAGUUCUGCAGGAACUGAAGAAGCUAGGAAAGCUGAUGCCUGACAGCCAUCAUUAUCCUGAAAUUUCAGACCAAUUCCUAAGUGCUCUAGAAGAUUUCCCUGUCACAGGACCCCAGGGAGUCCAAAGGUACCAGAGUGUGGAUUCUCACCAAUCCCUCCAAGACCCAGUUGGACGUCCCAUCAUGCACCUAUCAGGUCUUAAACAUGCUACAGGUGAAGCCAUAUUUUGUGAUGACAUUCCAAUGGUGGAUAGAGAACUUUUCAUGGUGUUGGUGACCAGUACCAAAGCCCAUGCAAAAAUCAUAUCAAUUGAUUGGUCUGAGGCCCUUGAACUACCUGGGGUGGUUGAGGUGAUAACAGCUGAGGACAUUCCAGGCACCAAUGGGACUGAGGAUGACAAGCUGAUGCCUGUAGAUGAGGUGCUUUGCGUGGGCUACAUCAUCUGUGCUGUGGUUGCAGAGACAGACGUACAGGCAAAGAGUGCAACUGAAAAGAUAAAGAUCACCUAUGAAGAUCUGGAGCCAGUAAUCUUGACCAUCAACGAUGCCAUAAAGCACAACUCAUUCCUAUGCCCUGAAAAAAAACUUGAACAAGGAAACGUUGAGGAGGCAUUUGAAAAAGCUGAUCAAAUUAUUGAAGGAGAGGUCCAUGUUGGAGGACAGGAACAUUUUUACAUGGAAACACAAAGUGUGCUUGUUAUUCCGAAGGCAGAGGACGAAGAACUGGACAUUUAUGUGUCAACACAGGAUCCAGCCCACGUGCAGAAAACAGUGUCCUUUACUUUAAACAUCCCCAUCAAUAGGAUCACCUGUCACGUCAAACGGGUGGGUGGAGGUUUUGGUGGGAAAAUAGGAAGACCAGCCGUAUUUGGAGCUAUUGCAGCUGUGGGCGCUAUCAAAACUGGUCAUCCCAUUCGUCUUGUUCUUGAUCAUGAAGAUGAUAUGCUAAUAACAGGGGGAAGGCACCCAUUACUUGGAAAAUAUAAAGUGGGAUUCAUGAACAACGGGCGAAUCAAAGCUCUGGAUAUUGAGCGCUUCAUUAAUGGAGGAUGAAUGCUGGAUGACUCUGAGCUGGUAACAGAAUUUCUCAUAUUAAAGCUGGAAAAUACAUAUAAAAUCCGCCACCUCAGGUUCCGGGGCUGUGCAUGCAUAACAAAUCUACCAUCUAAUACAGCCUUUCGUGGAUUUGGCUUCCCACAAGGAACCCUGAUAAGAGAAUCUUGCAUCACAGCUGUGGCAGCCAAAUGUGGCCUUCUGUCAGAAAAGAUUAGGGAGAAAAACAUGUACAAAAUAGUUGAUAAAACCAUCUACAAACAAGCGUUCAGCCCUGAGACCCUGAUCAGAUGUUGGAAUGAGUGUCUGGACAAGUCUUCCUUUCACAACAGGAGAAUGCAAGUGGAAGAGUUUAACAAGAAGAAUUACUGAAAGAAGAAAGGCAUGGCAAUCAUCCCCAUGAAGUUUUCAGUUGGUUUUGCUGCAACAAGCUAUCAUCAGGCAGCUGCUCUCGUUCAUAUCUACACAGAUGGCUCUGUACUGGUCACACAUGGAGGCAACGAACUGGGACAAGGUAUUCACACCAAAAUGCUGCAGGUGGCCAGCCGUGAAUUAAAAAUACCCAUGUCUUCUAUGCACAUCUGUGAAAAAAGUAUGGCCACGGUGCCCAACACCAUGGCUACCGCCACUUCCAUUGGUUCAGAUGUCAAUGGCAGAGCCAUGCAGAACGCUUGUCAGAUCCUUCUGAAAUGCCUUGAGCCCAUCAUUAAGAAAAAUCCAGAAGGUACGUGGGAAGACUGGAAAAUCAGAACAGACAUCGUCAUGGAUACAUGUUGCAGCCUAAAUCCCGCCAUUGAUAUUGAGCAGGUUGAAGUUUCCUUUAUUCAGGGAAUGGGCCUUUAUACCACUGAAGAGCUGAAAUAUUCCCCGGAAGGUGUUCUGUACUCUCGAGGCCCAGACGAGUACAAAAUUCCAACCAUCACUGAUGUCCCAGAGGAAUUCAAUGUCUCCCUGUUGCCAUCAUCACAAACCCCACCAACCAUCUAUUCAUCCAAGGGCCUGGGGGAGUCCGGGAUGUUCCUGGGCUCAUCUGUGUUCUUUGCCAUCACUGACGCGGUGGCCGCAGCAUGCAGGGAAAGAGACAUAGCUGAGGACUUCACAGUGAGGAGCCCAGCAACGCCAGAAUGGGUUCGAAUGGCCUGUGUAGAUCGGUUCACAGAGAUGAUCCCAAGAGAUGACCCAAAGACAUUUAAACCUUGGUCUAUCCCUAUAGCGUAACGUUGCUGUCAUUUCCUAAAAGGUAAGAUUAUUAAGCUGAAAGAAAAUUACUCAGAAAGAAAAAACAUCAGCCAGGCCAGUAGCUUUCAAACUGUUCUAAGGAAGUUUAGGAUUGCACAAAUGUAUAAAUCUAGUUUCUUUUUUUAAAAGAGUCUUUAUUCAUUUGAGACAGAGAGAGAGAGAAGGAGAGAAGGAGCAAGGGGAGGGGCAGAGGGAGAGGGAGAAGCAGGCUCCCCAGUGAGCAGGGCAUCCUGCCGCUCAGAACCCUGGGAUCAUGACCUGAGCCAAAGGCAGACCUUUAACUGACUGAGCCACCCAGGAGCCCCUCUAGUUUCAUUUUUAAAUCUUAUCCAACAUUUAAUUUUUUAACACUAAACAUGCAUGGCUUUGGAUGCUGACAAGGAAAGUCAAGGUAUUUUAUACAAGAAAAACAUAGCAGUUUUUCUUUUCAUUUUCUUCUCUUUUCUUUUUUAAAGAUUUUAUUUUUAGGUAAUCUCUAUACCCACCAUGGGGCUCGAACUCAUAACUCUGAGAUCAAGAGUCACAUGCUCCAUCAACUAAGCCAACCAGGUGUCCCGUUUUUCUUUUCAUCUUAAAAUAAAAUUUUAAAUGAGAAAGCUGGGAUGCCUGGGUGGCUCAGUCGGUUAAGCGGCUGCCUUCAGCUCAGGUCAUGAUCCUAGGGUCCUGCUCAGAGGGGAGCCUGCUUCUCCCCUGCCUGCCGCUCCCCCUGCUUGUGCUCUCUUUCUCUCUGACAAAUAAAUAAGUAAAAUCUUUAAAAUAAAUAAAUUAAUUAAAUUAAAUUAAAUGAGAAAGCUCUGGAUUAAGAUAUUUUAAAGAUCCGAUUCCCUGAUUCUUUUGAGAAUCAUUUAUAUCUUGAGUGCAAAACACCAAACUAAAAUCUAUUGCUUCCCACAUUUAUAAUUAAUUAGUGCUAUUUAAAAGAGGUAUCUAGUUGUAUUUGUUGAGUUCAACGGCUACAAUUUUAUAGUGCAGCUUAACACAAAACACAGAACACUGAAGGCUUUGGAGCAUGACCACCAAAACUGCCUGGGAAAUUUAUGCUGACAAAAAGAAACAUACUUUCCUUGUUGGAAAAUUAAACUGUUUUUCUGCACACUUACUGGGCAACAAUUUUUAGUGCUGAAAAUGAAAGCAGAGUCAAGAACUACAUCGUAGAUUCAGAGAAAAAAAUUUUUUUUCUUCAAACUCUAAUUUUCCAAUUAAAUGUCUAAAACAACCUGUGUAUUAACAGAUAUGUUUAAUUCCAUUGUGGUUUGUCACAUAAGAACUUGCAUUGAUAGUUCUGCUAUAUCAGACUAAAUAAUUGAUGAGAUUUUUGUUUCUCCUUUCACAGUAACAACACAAAUCAAAAUAGUCAACAUUUAAAAUUAUAUUUUAAAUUAUUAUAAAAUAGUAAUUAAAAAACAUACGCCCACGUAUAGAGGGCAGAAUAGUUAGCUCUUUAACUAUUCUCUCUCUCCCUACCUCUCUCUUUCCGUAUCAGAAUUAAAUGUGGAUAUGCUGGCAAAUUGCCUCUAAUCCCUGUAUAAAACAAGGCUUGUAAAGUGCACAGAAUUGUGCCUGACACUAGUACUCAAGGAAAGCCACACAUAUACACUCAGGUACGCUAAGCGCCAAACUUUAACAAAUGGGAGACAAUCAGUGAAUGAACUGGGCUGUCAAGUUUUUGUACAAACUUCAAAAUAAAGAACAUCCUCAGAGUGCAAGAGAAAUUUAAAAACCAAAAAUCAAAGCGAAACCAAAAAAAUCUCUUUUGCUACUUUACCACUUACAGCUAUUUAUGUGUCAGAAUUAUCUCCAUGCUGUGCAGUUAAAAAAAAAAAAAGGCAGAUAUAAGUUACAUUCUGAGUCUUUAACUGUCAUCCUUUACCCACAAUUUCAGAUUUUUGCUUUCUUCAAAGUAGCAUAAUUGUUCUCACAUAUUUGCUUUAUAAGCAAGUGUUAAACAUUGACCUUAUUAAAUCUGUACCGCACUAAAAUCAUGUGUGUGUGUGUUCCAUAACAUUUUAAACCUCUGCUAAAAAUGUGUGAAAAUCUCUGAGCUCAUCCAGCUUCUCAUUUAUUUUAUAAAUGAAGACAUGGAGGCCAAGGAAGAAUAAGAACUACCUAAAUGUGCUUAUUCAGAUCCAUAAAGCUUUACCAAUCCAAUUUUUCAACUAUUUAUUGUUUUCCUUAUAAGCAAAAGUUGGGGGAUUUGCACACUUUUAUAAUUAGUCUCUUUUCUUUUUUUUCCAGGUGUUUCAGUUUUUCACAAGUAAAAAGGUGGUUUGUUAAUCCAAACUGAUAUUCUUAUACUGUUAUGGAAAAAAGACACAAAUUUUAGAAACAUUAUUCAAGUCUGAUUAGGUUAAAGAUUAAUCACUAUUUAUAAAUUAUUUACUUAGACUUUCUAGGCUAGAGGCCACCAGACAAAUUUUGCAAUAUACACAAUAGCCAAGUUUAAGUUUGAUUUGUUUCUGAAGAUAUCAUGUAACUAUUGCUCUAAAAGCAAAUUGUGUCUUUCUGUGUCCAUCCAAUCUAACUGGACUAGUAAUGCAAGUUACAAACCUAUAAUGAAAGACACUUCUCAGCAAAUAAAUAUGUGAUUACUCUUCCCAAGGAUACGUUUGAUUUAGUGGUGACAGGUAGGAACACUACAAGAGUUCUGCAAGGUUUUGUUUUGUUCCUACUGUGAAUUAGCUGUGAGUCUGUGCAGGAGCAUCUGACAGCAAAGGAGUGGUAUUUUACUCAUGUAAGUCAGCUAUUCAACUGGUUAACAUUCUUUUGGAAUUUGGAGAUAAAAAGGCAAUGUAAAAACUAUUCAAUGUAUUAUCAUAAAACCCUUUAAUUGUUUGUCCUAGAAAACAUCUGAUCUAGUAGCAGUUUCAGAAAUACUUCCCUGCUCAGUUUCCCAUAUAUUGAAGGGAGUAACACAGAGCAAAAGAGUUCUAAAUUGUAAUCAUCCCAACGUUGUAGUUUAAAACAUGUGGGAUCCACCAAAUUCCAUUGAUCUGAGUUUUUGAGGCCAUCAGAGGAGGAGAAUAUGAAUUAGGCCUUAUUUGACCAGAAAGUCAGGAGGUAAACUGACACUCUGUCAGCCAGAGUUUGCAUGAUGAAGUCACCAAGCCACCGUCUGCAAGGACUCCAGAAGUGAAUGAGGGAGGAGGGGCUGAUCUGAGAGCACUGGGUGACGGGUGAGAGGAGGCAGAGAUCAGGCUUGCCCUAUGGGAGGCUGUAGGUCGCUGGAGGCAGUGAGCACAUCUGGGAUACGGCUGUGCACAGGCCUGUCCACUGACUUUGGAGGCUUCACUAGGGCCACAGGAGUCUAAGGGAAGAAGUGGGACUGGAGCACAAAGAGAAAGGAGACUAGAACAGAGAAGUCAUAGGCGAGACAAAAAGUCAUGCAAGAUUUUUGCACACAUAAGCAGAAGAGCUUGGGAAUUUAGUGGGAAUAGCCAGGGCAAAAUAAACUGAAAGUAAAAAAAAAAAAAAAAAAGUUUUGGCUCUCAAAAAUAAAAUCCUUAACUGUGUAAUCUAAUGUGAAUAUAAGAAAUUUGUUUUGGGGUGCCUGGGUGGCUCAGUCAGUUAAGUCAUGAUGCGGGGGGUCCUGGGAUUGAGCCCCACACUGGGCUCCCUGCUCAGAGGGGAGUCUGCUCCUCCCUCUCCCUCCGUCCCUCUCCCGCUGCUUGUGCUCUCUCUUUUUCUCUCUCUCUGUUAAAUAAAUAAAUAAAAUAUUUAAAUUUUUUUUGUUUUAUCAUCUGUAUCAUUUUAUUUAUUUAUUUAUUUUUAUUUAUUUAUUUAUUUAUUCAUGAGAGUCAGAGAGAGAGAGAGAGAGGCAGAGGCAGAGAGAGAAGCAGGCUCCCCGCCUAGCAGGGAGCCCGAUGCGGGACUCGAUCCCAGGACCCUGAGAUCAUGACCUGAGCUGGAGGCAGAUGCCCAACCAUCUGAGCCACCCAGGCGCCCUCAUCUGUAUCAUUUUAAACAGUGGUAAAUAUAAUUCAUAUUUUGUAAAAAUUUGGUCUUGUUGGGGCUAAGGAUGGUUACUAGGCAUUUAUUUUCUAUUUGUCACAGUUGAGAACUAUAGAGCAGCAAAAAUAGAGGGGUCUAUAUAAAAACUACAUGUGUGAGUUGAUACACUAAAAUCUGGACGGCACGGAUAUCAAGCAAAUACUUUUUCAAAAAGGCACAGCUGAAACCACAUACUUGAAACCAGUUCUUUGGGCUCUAAGCAUCGUUAAAGGAUAGUUACUAAAUUUUUUAAAUUAGUAAUACAUUCACACAGUUCAAAAAUAUAAAAAGGUCUAUAGUGCAAGGACUUACUCACACAAGCACAAAAUGUAACCACUUUUUAAAAAAAGAUUUAUUUAUUUGAGAGAGAAUCCCAAGCAGACUCCACUCUGAGUGCAGAGCCCUGCUGGUGUGGGGCUCCAUCCCACAACCCUGAGAUCAUGACCUGAGCCGAAAUCAAGAGUCAGACACUCAACCAACUGAGCCACCCAGGCGCCCCAACCAUUUUUGUUAGCUACUUUUUUUUCCCCCCUUCAGGAAUAGCUGGUCCCAGAAGGCCCAGCCACUCUUGUCAAGAUUAAAAUUACUCUUAGUUGGUCCCAUACAUGGAUGGGACAUAGUGACCAAAUGUCGGGAUGGUAGGGGAAGUCUAAGGUGACAGGACAAGCAGCUGGCUCCUGCCCAUGUUACAUCUUCUGGACCCACUGAAUGAGGUGCUGAUCCCCCCUCCCCGUCUAGACAAUUCUAUCCCUUUCCCCAUGUCAGCAGCGCCCUGGUGCCUGUAACAGUGAGGAAUAUAACCCUUAACGCUCAUCAUGGCUCUGUGGAUCCUCCCGUUUUCCCCAUGGGUCUUGGGCACACAGAAGGCAUUUAUACUCUUGCCUUCUGAACCUGGGCUCUCUGAGUGGGUUUUCUCUCCUGAAAGGAAAAGCAGCCUGCUCCCAGCUCCACCCCCAGAAUAGUGAAAAUUAACAUUUGAUCGGUCUCAUAUAACUGUGUAGACAAAUAGCAAAAAGAUAUCACUCCUGAUUCAUAAGACGCUGAAAACAAGUUUAAAAAUUAGGCAGAAAUAGUUGGAGACAGAAAAUAAAGGCAUUUUCUCAGUCUCCUUACGCAACCUUGAAUGAGUUGAUACUAAGAUAUCACUGAGUACAAAACAAGAAUGUUCUUUCCUUGGCAUAGCCCCCAUAGCAGGACAGACCUUCCCACACUCCCUUUACUUCAUAUUUAGAUGAUGUCACCAGCUGUCUAACUGGUCUUGUUCCAAACCAUUCUGCACAUAGCUGCCCGGAUAAUCUUUCUCAACAUCUAUAACCACCUAUCCUCACUGGGUAAAAGAGAAGCAUUCAACAGGACAGUUUCUUCUUCCAAAAAGGACUGUACUGUAAUUUGUGUGGUAGUCACCAGUUGCUUCCAUCUGCUUGGGGGUCUUUUCCUUUGGGAAGUUUCCCGUCCUCCAGUCCAUGUGUUCCAGGAGGGCUGCUGGGCAAGGCACAGGAUAAGCUGGGUCCAAGUCUCUCCCGACAGUGAGACUCUUGAGUAAGGUCCAUGAGGUUAAAAGGCCACUGGUACAGAUUGCCUGGAUGGCCCAGCUGUGGAGAGCAGGUCCGCAAGCUCUGCUGCUAGACCCUCAGUGGUACCCCGUCCCUGUGCAUCUCAAGGCCUGCUUCUCCAGUUCUGCCUUCAAUUCUGUCCGCUAGCCAAUAUCUUUCCCGUUUUAUUAGUUUCCUAGAGCUGCCAUCACAAAUUCCCACAAACUGGAUAGCUUAAAUAUUUAUUCUUUCACAGUUCUGGAGGCUAGAAGUUCAAAAUCAAGGUGUUAGCUGGGCCAUGGAUUCUAGGGAAGAACCCUUCCUUGCCUCGUCUGGUGGCUUAAAUAUAUCAUAUCGUUUAUACUAAAUUUCUAAAGUAUUUUAAAGUAAAUUACUACCCAGAAAACAACACCGAUUAAGACCAGACUCCUUAAUAUAUCCGCCUAGGUUCUUCUCAGAGUAACCCUCGCUUCAUCUCUGCUGUUCCUCCCCCAACACACACAGACAUAUGUACGAACUAUACUCCACACCAGACACACCAAGCUGCUCCCUGCUCCUAGAAGUUGGCAGCCAUCGCCACUUCUCAGGCCUUUCCACGUGCUGCUUCUUGCCCCUACUUCUCCAUCUGACUAACCUCUUCUCUUCCUUCAAGUCCCACUUGAGCUAUCUCCUCUUCAUACUCCUCUGGGAGCCCCUUCCUUCCCAGCCCUGCGGAUCUGGCCACUCCCUCAUCCACAUUCUAGUGGCAUCUAGUGCAGAUCUCUCCAUCUGUACGUUCACAGUGAUACUGGGCUCGCAACUAUCAUCUGUGUCCCUCGCUGGACAGCGCACGUCAUAAGAACCACAAUUCAUUGUUUUCCGACCUCUAUUAUAGCACACCAGGCACAUAGUAGGUACUUAGCAGAUAGGUGUUGAAUAAAACAAAAGUGAAGGUCCUAGAACAUUUCAUUUCUCACCUCUUCUGCCAAGGAAAAGCAGAGACCUUCCUCACUGUUCUUAGCAAAUGCUUUGCUCAAAGACAAAUCUGUUGCUUACAUAUUGUUCUUUCUAGACAAGUGAUUCUCAAAAUGUCAUAAGACACCAAAGUUCUUCAUGUUGUUUCAUAACACUUUUUUUUUAAAGAUUUUAUUUAUUUAUUUGAGAGAGAGAGAAUGAGAGAGAGCACAUGAGAAUGGGGAGGGUCAGAGGGAGAAGCAGACUCCCCGCCGAGCAGGGAGCCCGAUGCGGGACUCGAUCCCGGGACUCCAGGAUCAUGACCUGAGCCGAAGGCAGUCGCCUAACCAACUGAGCCACCCAGGUGCCCUGUUUCAUAACACUUUUUACCUGGGUUCUAAAAGUUCAUGGAAUUUGGGCAUUUUAAAACUCGACUCAUAUUCAAAGUAAUGGGUAUAGAGAAUUGUUGCAGAUUUUCACAUUAGCACUUCCUAUGACAAUUUGCCUAAUGCUAAGAACCUCUGUUGUGGACAAGCCUUAUUGUAUAAAGCCCUCUGAGGCCACAACCACCUGCACUAACUAGGUUCUGAAAAAUGAAGCUAUGUUUUAAAAGAAAACGACUUUUGGUCUUUCUGGAACCAGAAAAGGAAAUCCUCCAAGACAGUUUUAAUACUGCGUUUUAAGAGUAGAAUCAGAAAUGCACGAUGAGUAAAAGGCUACUUUUCUCAUCAGAUAAAUUGGCAUUAGAUUUCCAUUAUAGACCAUCCAUGACCUUCUUCCGGAAGAAUAAUCAUCAUCAAUGAUAUUAUAUUUAGCUUCCCUUGAAAGUAAAACAGCCCUGCUCCCUUACCGAGUUUCUGUGAAGAACUUUAAAAUGCAUGCGAAAAUAUUUUGUAAACGAUAACAUCCUGUCUGUAUGUAAGGUCUACAACGACCACUCUAUGACUACUAAUAUCAGGAGCAGUAGUAGUACUUACUACCAGUACUGUGGUUCCUGCUGCCGUUUCUACUACCACUAACAACAACAAUAAAGCACCAACUAAUUUCUAUUCAGUUUAGUUGCUUUCUCAUUUUAGGCUAAUAACUUGAUAUCACACAUAGGCCCCUAAAAAGUGAAAUUUGGGCUUAUAAAAAGAGAGCAAAGAAAGAUGGCCAUCUAAAUAUGCCAGGCAACAGUUCAACAUACAUUCGAGAUCAUUUUCUAACACAGAGACCUUUAGAUCUAGAUUAUCAAGAUUUCUUGUUCUUUAAAUGAAUCUUAAUAUAUUAAGAAAUAAGAAUUAAUAAGCAAUAAACAGUCCUUCCUAAAUAAUCCUAUAACUAACAGUUAUACCAUAUGCCAUCACAGUUAACUUUGUUGUUUGUUUUCCUUUAAAUAAAUGCCUUGAAUGUUAAAUAGCUUAGAAUGUAGCUAUUAUGGUCGUCCAAAAUAUUACUUACUUGGCAAAUUACCUCAAACUAUUUUCUGAAUAAACACUUUACAGGAGCAAAGAGUUUUCACCUUAACCUACCAUCAUUCCUAUGUGGAGAGAGAGAUUGAAUGCCAGGUUUCUUGAAUCCCUAAGCCUCAAAAAUCUAAAUAAUAGAAUCUGUUUCAAGAGGAGAAAUCAGUGUCUUAAAAGAAUAACUUAUUUACCAAAUUUUAUUAAAAUGUUCAGGUAAUUAGCAAUGCCUAUUUUUGAUUUUUCACAAUCUUGAUUUUAACAAAUAUUACUAAUAGUAAAUAUUAUUAAUAGUCAAAUAACUACUAAAACUCUUCUAUACAGCAAGUGAAAGUGAUGGGAUAUAUGAGGGGUGCGUGGUUAGCUCAGUCAGUAGAACAAGCAACUUGAUCUCGGGGUCAUGAGUUCAAGUUCCACCUUGGGUUUGGAGAUUAAAUUUAAAAAAAAAUUUUUUAAUGGUAUAUAUGAGGGACACCUGUGUGGCUCAGUCGGUUAAGUGUCUGCCUUCAGCUCAGGUCAUGAUCCCAGAGUCCUGGGAUCGAGUCCCUCUUGGGCUCCCUGCUCAGCGGGGAGCCUGUUUCUCCCUCUGCCUGCCACUCCCCCUGCUUGUGCUGUUUCUUUCUCUCUCUCUCUCUCUCUGACAAAUAAAUAAAAAUCUUUUAAAAAAUGAUAAAUGAUAUAUAUGAGAUAUGUAGCAACUAUUUAACACAUUUUCAUCUAAAAUGUAAUUAUUUGAAAGCUCACUGCACCUCAACACUUUUUCAUUGUAAAAAUCUUGUGGAGCCUAUGAAAAUACUUCUAGCCACACACACAUACAUACAUUCAUAUAUAUGUAGGAGUACACAUGCAUUCAUAUGUACAUAUGUGUUAACAUACAUAUAUGAUGCAGUAUUUAGGCCAGAUUCAUAAGGUGUUCUACAAUCUUCUAUCCAAAGUAAAGGAGUAUAAAUACUUUUCCCAGAUCAUUUUUAAGGGAAGCAAUGUGCUUUUUGAAACAGGGCCUUGCCAUCUUCCUGGGUUUUGGAAGAAAAACCUAUUGUCACUUGCCCUUGAAAAAGAAACACGUAUCUAUUUCCACCACCAAUGUUAAAACUGAUAUCAAGUUCACAUGUUGCAUCUAGCAUCUUUCAUCUAAGUAGGUCAAAAAUUUUGAAUCCAAGAAGACAAUGGGGAACU